AUGACCGUGACCAUCCAAAAAACGCGAGUAAAGUUGGCCCGCGGUCUAAACAUUGAGAAGGCCUAUGAAGGCUAUAACAUGCCAGCUGCCAUGGGCAAUGUGAUGAGCCCUCAAGAGCUUGUGCGCAACCAACAGAUGGUCAAGGGAAUUCCCAAGCCGUCGACUCACUUGAUGCCCGCUUACACGGCGCUGCAAUACAAAAAGUUCAUCCAGGAAGUUCGAGCAAGUAUUAAGUUCGUCAUUGGCACCAAGGAUGAUAUCUCCAAGUACAACUUUGGGCAGACUACCGUUGGUGUGAAUGCUGAUUUCAGCUAUGGAGGAUGGUUCCGCUUCAAUGCUUUUGGCAACCAUUCAGAGAGCUCGUCCACUCUCGAUACGAGCAGUGAUGCUUUCUCCGUCAAGAUUAAGAUCGUGUACGACAAGACCGGAAGAUCCCCGUCGAACCUGAUUCUUGGUCAGUAG